AUGGUCUCUUCACUGUGGCCUUCGAGAGGCUCGGAAAGAAUAUAUGUUGGUCUUUUACUUGUCUGUCUCUUCUACAUCCUGCUAUCCAGUCCCAUAUUAAGACAUGCCGAAUCAAUAGUCAAGCCUGCCUGGAGAACUCCUAGGAUCAGCGACAUCGGUGAUUCUUCUGACCUUGGGAUUGAUGAGACAGUCGCAGGGGAGACAACAUCUUCGAGCGAUUUAGGCGACGAUGUGGAGGAAAAUACAUCUGCCUCUUUCGGCGUGGACUUUGGAGAAGAGGAGGGCGAGUUGUUGUCGGUCCCUACAGUCGCAGAUUUGAAUGAGUCAAGAAUGGGCAUGGUUGGACCAUACAUCUCCGCCAUAAUGGAUCCAAAGGAUACUCAUUUCGACCGGCUACAAUGUCCACGGCCUAUCAAGGAAAGAUACAAAAUGUUACGGCCAAAAGAGAGCCUCCCUUUCAAUGUCCAGCAACCACGGAAGCGCUAUUACUUCGCGCUCAAUCUGUACGAAUGCGCAUAUGUGCUUCCGCGGCUUCUCGGCUCGAUCGUCGAAGCAAUGCGAUUUCUUGGGCCCGAAGAUUGCGUUCUUUCUAUUGUCGGUGGGCGCUCCGACGAUGGUACAACAGAGAUUCUGGCCGCACUGAAGGAUGCGAUCGAGGCUUUGAAUGUGACUUACUAUUUCCGGACAAGCGACAUCGACCCCCUGAAGGGUGGAAAUGACCGAGUGACGGAGCUGGCUAAGCUUCGCAACCUGGCACUGGCUCCGCUCACCACUGAACGGGACAAGUAUGCAAGGGAUGGCGCUAUUAUUUUCCUGAACGACGUGUCAAUCUGCACCGAUGACAUCCUGGAACUCAUCUAUCAAAGACGCCAUCAGCGAGCGGAUAUGGUUUGUGCUAUGGAUUGGAACAACAAUGGAGACACCUUCUAUGACUCUUGGAUAGGGCGCAGCAUGAAUGGCGACAUGUUUGUGGAGAUUCCUCAAAGUGGAUCCUUUGAAUUCUCUCACAACCUAUUCUGGAAUGACAGGACGGCAAAGUCUCACAUUGACGAAAAGCUCCCCCUUCAAGUAUUUGCCUGCUGGAACGGAGCCGUCGUCUUCAAGGCAGAGCCCUUACUGUCGCACAGCAUCAAAUUCCGGGCUGCUUACAAGGACGAGUGCUAUACCGGCGAGCCGACAUUAUUCUGCAAAGACCUGUGGACUUUGGGGCACGGCCGAAUCGCCAUCAUUCCCAGUGUCAAUGUCGGCUACAACGACGAGCAAUCGCGAAACACAAAGUCAAAGCACGGAUACGCUUCGGCCAAUAUUCAGCAGGCAGAACAUGACAUGGGGUUAUCAACUGAAAUCGAAUGGAAGACUUCGCCUCCUCAGCUGGUCAAAUGCCAGCCUGACUGGACACAUUCUUCGUGGGCACCGUGGGAUGAUGCAGUCGGGGAGCAUGUCCCCUUUGACUGGUCACGGUCUGGGUAUUUCAAUGCCAAAAAGCCCUUUGAUAAGGAACUUGAGUUUGAGAGCGACGGGAAAGAAUACGGCGUAGACGCCCGAGGUUAG